AAACCGGAAUCCAAAGUGAUUUAUGACGAGGUUCACAAGCAUCCUGUUGUGGUGUACACAAAAGACCAUUCGAUGGAUGAGCUAAAUGAUGAUGGGAUCCUGUAUGUGGAGAGGAAUAUAAACGAUGCUAUGACCGCUCAAAAUAAAAAAAGACUGGUGGAUUUGACUAAGUGUAGGACUUUGCCUCAAAUUUUCGUGUGUGGAAGGUUUCUUUGUGGAUAUACUGAGUUGGAAGCUCAUAGACCGGACCUAAUAGAGCAAUGUUCAAACGAUGGAGUGACAUUCAAACCAGGCAUUGAUAUUGUCGCGUCAAAAAUCUAG